UGCCAAGAAACCAUGCCAGCUCUUCUUCUUCUCUUGCUGUUGAGCCUGAACGGAGCGUUGGCCUCGUCGGCCGACGUUGGCCAGUUCGCCUACCAAGGCUUCGCCGCGGCGAACCUAACUCUGGACGGUCUUUCCGUCGUCAUGCCCAAUGGCCUCCUCGCUCUCACCAACUUCACUUCCCAGGGAAAAGGACACGCCUUCCACCCCGCCCCGCUCAGCUUCAUCAACACGACGACGAACUCCUCCACUACCGUGGCGCGGUCCUUCUCCGCAUCCUUCGUGUUCGCCAUCGUGUCCAUAGUGGAUGGCCUGACUGACCAAGGGCUCGCCUUCGUGCUCGCCCCGACUUUGAACCUCUCGUCGGCCAACGCUGGCCAGUACCUGGGGCUCCUCAACGCCACGAACGGCACUGCAAGGGACCACAUCUUGGCGGUCGAACUCGACAUCAUCCAGAACCCUGAGAUGAGAGACAUCAACAGCAACCACGUGGGCAUCGACGUCAACAGCCUCAUCUCGCAGCAAGCAAAGCCGGCCGGCUACUACGGCGAUGGCGACGGCGCCUUCCGAGACCUGAUGCUGAAUAGCGGCAAGCCAAUGCAAGUGUGGGUGGACUACGAUGGCCAGGCCAGGCAACUCAAUGUCACACUAGCUUCCGUACAAGCUCCCAAGCCCAAGAAUCCUUUGCUCUCUGAAGCCAUUGAUCUCUACACUAUCGUGGCGGAGACAAUGUAUGUUGGCCUCUCAGCAUCGUCGGGCGUGUUGUCCGCGCACCACUACAUCCUUGGAUGGAGCUUCAGCUUGGAUGGACCUGCUCCACCACUUGACUUCUCGAAGCUUCCCACCCUGCCGCAUGUGGGUCCGGAACCUCGUUCCAAGAUCUUGUACAUCGCUCUACGAUCAGCCACCGUCUUGCUCAUCCCUUCAGUGCUAGCUGUUGUAUUCUUCCUGUGGCGUCGCCGUCGGUUUGCAGAGGUGCGCGAAGAUUGGGAGGACGAUUUCGGCCCACACCGGUUCACAUACAAAGAUCUCUUUCAUGCCACCGAUGGGUUCAAGAACAGUAAUAUACUCGGCGUCGGUGGGUUUGGAAAAGUAUACAAAGGGGUACUUCCAGCGUCUAAUUUGGAGAUCGCGGUGAAGAGAGUGUCACAUGACUCAAGGCAAGGAGUACGGGAGUUCAUUGCUGAAGUGGUGAGCAUUGGCCGUCUCCGCCACCGAAAUCUAGCACAGUUACUAGGAUAUUGUCGGCGCAACGGUGAACUUCUCUUAGUCUAUGAGUACAUGGAAAAUGGUAGUCUUGACAAAUAUUUGUACAAUAAAAAUGGUCCAGCUCUACAUUGGACUCAAAGGACCUGGAUCAUCAAAGGUGUCACGUCAAGCUUACUUUAUCUACAUGAGGAUUGGGAGCAGGUCGUCAUCCACCGAGAUAUAAAAGCAAGCAAUGUGCUACUGGAUGGGCAAAUGAAUGGUCGGCUAGGUGACUUUGGUUUGGCAAGGUUAUACGAUCAUGGCACGGAUGCUCACACAACACAUGUUGUUGGCACCAUGGGAUACCUCGCACCAGAACUUGUGCGCACUGGAAAGGCAACACCCUCAACUGAUGUAUUCGCAUUCGGCGUGUUUCUCCUAGAGGUCGCCUGUGGACGCAGGCCAAUCGGGAGUGACGAGCAUAACAACCCGGUGGUGCUGGUCGACUGGGUGCUUGAGCACCACUCCAAUGGCUCUAUCAUUGAUGCAGUGGAUUCACGGCUCAUGGGGAAAUUCAACACGGAGGAGGUAACCCUCGUGCUCACACUAGGUUUGUUGUGCGCACACCCAUUGCCCAACGCAAGGCCUAGCAUUCGAAAGGUCAUGCAGUACCUGGACAGUGACCAGUCCCUCCCUCGUCUGUCUGCAACCUACAUGAGCUACAGCAAGAUGGCCCAGAUGCAGAGCGAAGGGUUCGAUUCAUACAUCAUGCCACACACUCCGAGGGUCAAGAGUAUUUGCAGUGCAUCUGGUGAGUCCUGGGAGACAGUUAUGUUCGAUGGGAGGUGAAGUGUUGUUUGCAGUUAGCGGAAAAUCAAAUCUGAUCUCGGGUGCAUAUGCACCCGGUAUGUAUAAAACAUAUUUCCAAACCGUAAAAAAUUUAGGAAAAAAAUUUAGCAUGUAGAGGGACAUGUUCUAUGUGUGCAC